AGUCGCCAUGUUCAUGAUUUGAAGAACUCGACAGUGCCGGCAUGUACUUGAAACUUUCAAAACGCGUGGAAUAUACUUAAAGCAUGACAGUCCUGGUCUGCGAAAAUGUAGCACUUCCUAUGAAACACAUUCGCAAUGGGGCUGCAAGUUUGAUACUCAUUCCAUCCGUUAUCAGUGCGCGAUUCAGAAGACAUGUCUCAACUAUAUGGCUGCUAUCUCUUGACCCAGGUACCAAGCGUUCAAGUUUUCAUGGAGCACGCUAGUUCUAUGUCCCAGAAGCAGAACAACAAACGAGCACACCACUGCAAUCUGAAAUCGGUGAUCAUUAACUUGUAUUCUUCUCACAACUGCUCCCGAGCUUCAUGCUUUCGGUCAAGCUUUGGUACUCGAGUACCAAAGAUCAUCAAUAUUUCGAGGCAAGAUUUCAAAGCUGACUCAGGAAGUGGACGUGGACCUCAGACGCAAUCUGUAUUAAGAUAUUCCCAGAGCGAGACGGCCCGCAGCAUAGUGGCCGAGAGAAAGAGAGAUACGACUCGGAUGUUCACUCAGCAUGCUUUCCAGGAAACGUGGAUGACGGUUAUCGAAGCAGUCUUAGCUUCUGCGCUUGUGAAGAAACUUGAAUAUAUCGAAAGAAUUCAAGCAGUCUUGCGGCUGACAUUCAGAUUGCAUCAAAGAGAAUUCAAUCUUAUGAAGAAACUCUAUCAGUACACGGAAAAAUCUUCGUUGAGAGAUGGCAAUUUCUUCCAAGCGAUGUCGUCAAUGUCGCAGGACACAAGAGAGAUGGCUCGGAAUGCAUCUUCUUAUAAUUCUGCGGUCUGCAGAGUUUGUGUCGAUAUCCGUGGACUUCACACACGCUUAUUGAGACACUUCCUCAUGCAUCGAUUGGACGCUGUCACUCAACUCGUAUACAGGACUCUAGUAACGCUGCACUGCACAUCAACUUCAGAAUCAAAUUGUUCCCCGUAUGAAACUUGGAUACAGACAUUUUUUAUGGAUAAGAAUCAUGAGGAUGAUGAACGACAUCGACAUCAUAAGAUUCCCAUGUCGACAGUUUCUGCCGUGGUAGAUGAGGAGCAACUUACAGAAGGUGCCCAGUACGAACGGCCCUCCUCAUCAAUAAAAUAUACCUCUGAUAUGUCUAUCCGUAAGCAACGUCCAGAUCUCUGGCCUGUGACAGUAGCCAGCUUUGACAUAGUUCUCCAUUCAGAUACACUCAUUAUGACGGUUCAUGUGGGAGCCAAGUUCUGCCGAGGACACACGUCCAGCCGGCUCAGUCACACAUUAAGAUAUUGGGUCGAGUUGCCUACAUUACCAAAUUUCCCGGAUCUACUGCCUUUGGUCCCGGAAGAGCUCUACGAACAAUCUGAGAAGCAGCUGCCAUAUGCACAUGUCUGGAUACGCUCAGUACUCAGCGAAGUAUCUGAAACCCUGCAGUACUAUUUUACUGCUCACUCCUGUUGCAAACCGUCUGCCGAUGCCGUGAAACAAGUGUCGCUGAAUCUACUGCUCUGGAGUGGCUCUGGCUCUAGUCUAGACCUGAUGCAUUGCUCCUCGUUUGACUACAAAUGCUGCAGUUUCAUCCGGCCACGCAUCGUUGACAGAGUUGUUCUCGAUAGUAUGACCUCACCUCGCUCGCUGGCCAAUGGCUGUCGGAAUGUUCUGCACGCUCAUCUAUCUAUCAAACGGGACGGAUGCAUGUCUUCGAAAUGCAGCUUCUCUGAAUCUCCUCGUUCAUUUCUUCUGCUCCGUCGUCCAAAUGUCUGCCGUUUCCGCGCAUCAACUUCAGUACAGCCUCGGCUUCUACAUCUGUCAUUAUCCUGCUGCCACUCCAGAAACCAAUCGCCUUCAUCUGAGAGGGUACAUAAAUCCUGUAUCCAAGAGCUUCCUACAGUUUUCUGCAAACGUCUCGUGCUUUCGAGGGUUGUCGUAGUACCGACUUUCGACUCGAACCCUCAUCCGCCUGGAACAAAAGGCAGGCAGCUUUGUUUGCGUCGCUACGAAUCAUUAGUCACAUUCCGUCCUCAAUCCUCCACAUCCGCAUUCGAAUCCCGAGCAGCCAGGCACCUUCGACUGUUCUUCGAGAAGCUGCUGACAGGACUGCUCCGAUGUUGUUGUAUAUCACCACUGGCCAACAAACACUCCCUUAUGGACACGGACUCUGUGCAAAAUAAGUCAUCGUCCUCGUGUCGCAGUAUUGUACAAGCUGCAAUCAACGACAAUCUUCUCCUCUCCAAAAGCUCCUCGGUGGCAUCGGGACUGAUGCUAGCCAGCGCUUUCGGAUGUGGCGUAUGGAUCCAGUUCCAUGAGUUGAACGAAGCAGAAAACAUGAGCUGGCAUGCGUUGAAUAAACUCCGAAGGCCUUGA